AUGACGGACCGCACUCAGGAGUUCCUAAGCCUCGCCGGUGUAGGGCCCUGGCCCUUCCCUCCCGUGCCUACCCCGCUGUGGGAGGCUCUCAAGGACCAGCUGCCGCUUGAGCAGCAGCAGCUGCAACAGCAGCAGCAGCAGCAGGCUGCAGCCUUAGCGUUCACGUUUCUUGCCGUUGCGUGCAGCUGCCAAAGAGAACUCGAACGCGUGCAGCAAAAGCUGUAUCGACGAGCCACCCGGGGAAGCUCAGGGGCAGCAACAACUCCAGAUAGUGUCGGUGCCUCCCGCGACCAAGGCGUGAGCGUUUCCUCUUCUGAAUCUGUGACGGCGGAGGUGUCUGAGCUGCUGCAGUGCGUGCGGCAGCAGCAGCAGCAGGCGCAGAGGCUGGAGGCUCUGGGGGACGAUGUGAAAGACUUGGUGGCUCUGCAGCUGCUGCGGCAGCAGCAGCUGCUGCAGCCGCACAAGCAGCAAGUGGAGCUGAGGGAUGCGCAGGCCCACAGGCACACAGUGUUAAGGUCUCUGUACACCUCAAUGCAGGAAGCGACAGCCGAGUUGCGGCGACGGGAGAUUGCUGCCCUCAAGCAGCAAAUGGAGUGCACGCAGUAUUUUUCUGCUGCUGCUGCUUUUGGCGGGGGGGGGGGGGCUGUUAGCGGGUCUACUCGUUCCGCCGAGGGGUCUGUUGCACUUACGGCGGGUAUUUCUGCAGCGGAAGCAGCAGCCGCUGCAGAAGCAGCAAUGCGGAUCCAGCAGAAGCGGCAGCAGGCGCAUCUGAGUGAACGGAUGCGGCAGACUGCAGCCGUGGAAGCAGAAGGCCCAGAGCAACAGCAGCAAGAGCAGCAGCAGGAUGUCGAGUUGUUGGCUGACGAACAGCAGCUGGUAGCUACCCUUGCUGUAGACAAUGUUGACGUUGUGGUAUCCAUUCAAAGAAAACUGCAGGAGAUCGUGCAAACAAUGAACGUGUUUGCUCUCAAGGUUGCAGAACAGGCAGAGGCUUGUUACGAGAUAGGGUCGCUAGCUGAUGCGGCGGUAGCCAAUGUGCAAGGUGCAGAGAAGCAGCUAGCCACAGCGCUCAGUAGAAAUUCCAAAUUCAGGAUCUAUAUCGUUUACGCAUUCAUUGCCAUGGGUUUCCUCCUCGUCUUCCUGGACUUCCUCAAGUCCUCAAGCCCCUACCUCGUGUGA